UGCAGAGCCUGAGUGCCAGUCAUUCAGUUCUUAUCUGCUUUUGUAACUUGAACUGUGCCUUUCCUUAAAAACAAAGUUUGAAUGUUGCUGAGUCACUGGACUGUCCAGAAAAGCUGAUUCCACCUCAGGCAGUAGCGGAAGAGCUGCAUAUUUAGUAGAAAGCACACACACACACACACACACACACACACACGAAACCCAUCACCAUUGCAGCAGUAGACAAAUCCGUUGCACUACGAAGCAUCCUGACCAGACCGUGAACUUGCUGUGGUCAGGGACCAUCUGGCUUCAUGCCCAGUGAAUGGCAGACACUUAGACACUUGGCGGCUGCACCACUCAACAACCUGACAGAUCUCCAUAUGCCGGGAGAUGCCCAGCCUGGAAGUGAUCACCCUCAGCGUCAACAGCGUGUCGACCCUGGAGCCCGUGAGCCGGUGCCAGCAGCUGAGCGAGCUCUACCUGCGGAGGAACCGCAUUGCCAGCCUGAGCGAGCUCUCCCACCUGAAGGGCCUGCCGCGCCUGCGGGUGCUGUGGCUGGCCGAGAACCCGUGCUGCGGCGCCGACCCCCACCUCUACCGCAUGACCGUCCUGCGCAACCUGCCCAACCUGCAGAAGCUGGACAACCAGACUGUGACUGAGGAGGAGCUGUCCCGGGCGUUGAUGGAGGGAGAGGAGGUCACGGCCCCCAGCAGAGAGGGCAUGGGGAACGGCAGGCCCGAGCUGUCCUACGCCCUGAGUGCCAUGAACGCCGCUGCCGAGACCCGAGGGGACGCGCUGAGCUACGGCGAGGAGGAGGCGAGCACACAGGGACAGCUCGGCCUGAAGCCCCCUGCCCGGGACCGGUUUCCUUCCUUCCCACAGAGGGAGGCUGUGAGCAGCCGCAAGAACAGGAACAACGUCCUGACUGCCAUCCUCCUGCUGCUUCGGGACUUGGACACUGAGGGGCUGGAGGCCGUGCACCAGACCGUGGUCAGCAGGCUGCAGGCUCUGCACAGACAGGAGCUGCAGGAGGACAUGGAGUGACCCAGCAGGGACCUGCCCUGUGGGACCUUCUGCUGAAGUCCCAGCAUCUUCCCGAGCACCCAGGAGGUGAGGCCGCUUGCCACAGUCACGGCCACUGCGGGACCCUAGGCCGAGUCCCAGCACCUGGGGCUCGGUCCGCAGGAAGCCUCAGCCCGCCCUGGAAGGCUGAGCUCUCACUUCGGUGGCACCUGGAGAGGGCAAGAGGGUGUCAGGCGCUGGCUGGGCAGACCCCGCUCCCUCGCCCUCCUGUGGGGGACGCCCUUCUCCCUAAUAAACAUUUUCCGAAGCCCGGCCUGGAAGCAGGUUUCCUAAACGAUAGGCAUGGCCUUGGCAUUCACGCAUUUCCCGCAGGCCGUCUCUGACUCGGUCAUGGGGUUCAGGAGCCUUCCAGAAUUACGGCCUCCCUGCAGACAGACGCCCUCCUCAGAUUCACAUCAGCAGAGGGUGCUUGCAGACUGUGUGACAGGCCUGGAGGGACAGGUCUGCCGCGUCUGCUUGGGCAUCCAGGUGCGGCCACAGGUGGAGCCGCUGGGCGGGGUAGGGCGGCCUCUGGGAACGGCAUCUAACACGUGUUCUUCCUCUGGGAAGAGCGCAGGCCUUUCCGUGAUGCCGCAGCCCCGGGGGCCUUCCUAGUGCCUCCAAAAGCUGGGGAAGCCCCUCCGUGGAAGGGGAGCAGGAUGACCCCAGCGCCCCCCAUGCCCCAGGCAUUAGAGACAAGUCCGUUCUCGCUGCUGUUGAAACGACUGGAGAGGGAGACAGGCUCUUCCCUCUGCUCUUCCUCCCUUUGGGGUGGGGCUGUCCACAUCCCUGAGAGCUGAGCUGCCAGCUGUGUGAGAGCCACACAAACCAGAGGCAGGAGCCACGUGACAGCCGCAACGGGCCAGCGUCUGGAAGACCCCGGCUUUCCUUGCUGAGGCUGCACCGUGGGGCCAGCUCUUUGCAAGCCGCCGAAGACCUCCAAACUUGGACUGGGGAGACCAAGCAGAGGCGGGGCCUCCUCUGUGGCGGGACAAGGGCUGAGCUCUGAGCAGUGGGAGGCAAGGGGUCCGUGCGCGGGGUCAUCUGGGAAGGUGGCACAGGCCCGUACGUGUGCCUUCUCGUCAUUGUGGGCUGUGGCUCCCAAUAAACCUGUGCCUUGGCUGGAA